AUGACCAUGGGUCUUGAAUCUCAUCCUCAAGUACAGUCACGUCUCCUUGCCCUUCCAAGAGAGUUGCGAGACAUGGUGUAUACUUACUAUACAACCACCGCGGAUGGAUAUCGAUUCAGCCCAGAGACACGGCGACUCACUCUUGCUGCCGGAUCUUUCAUCGAUUUUGGCCUGAUGUAUACCUGCAAACUCAUUGCGAUAGAGAUGAAAGCGCUGCAUUUACGGGUGAAUGCUGUGCACUUCUGGACGAGUUGUGAAGGGAAAGACAGGAUCACCUCGGAAGCCUUAGACAGCAGAUUGCGCCAUCAUUUCGUGCUACUUUGUGCGAUUCUAAGAGAAGCAAGAGCAUUUAUCGACGAUGAUGUAGUUCGAUACGUCAGAGAAACGCAUCCUCCCUUCUUGCCGCAUAUUGAGCAGCUUCGAAUGGUUAGGAGAAAUUACACCCUCCAGCUGGAUAUCUGGGGGGCAGUUCCUUCCCUCCAUCGCCACUUCGUUUAUGGGACUCUACAAUACAUGUUGCAUGGACCGAAUUCUGCUGGAUUGGGGGAAUUGAUGUAUAAUGAAGAUCUGAGUGCGCAAGAUGUUCAGAACUUGACGACCGAAGCUCAUCCAGCAUGGCAGAUCCGCAAGCAGGCGUAUCUUGAGAAUCCGCUAUUUGACGACUAUCGGGAUGGAAAAUCACAACGCCUCUCAGCAGCUGCUAUAGCAAUAUCGUUCUUGUCUUCACUGUCAUCUAAGGCCAAGAAAGAGAUGCGGAUGAUCGUGCUGCAUGAGGACGAGAAGGCCGAUGCCUGGCCAGAAUGCCACGCACAAGGAUUGAUUCCCUUUUGUCAGGAAAAUCCAAAUCUCCAUAUAGAGCGACAGGUGAGCCUGUGGGGAAACAUGCUGCCAGCUAGCUCAGGGGACUUCAUGCCGAACGACGACCUGACGUCGUUCAAGGUGGACUCAUCCCAAAUUACCAAACGCGGAUUCGCCCCAUGGAUCGCGGAGGCUCUCGCUCUUCCCUCACUGGGAAUGCCUCCAGAAGCCUUCAAGUUAACCCUAGACGGCAACCCUCGCCCCGACCUCGCAACGGAAAUAUUCGCCAUCGCACAGCGCGAUGCUUUAUGGCAAAUGCUAUUCGAAAAUCACAACAUGGACAACUCCCCACCUCAAUCGGAACGCUGGUCUCUGAUCCGGGGAAAUUGGACUUACAUUACGAACGGCUUUCGGGGCGCCAUCCGCGACAUCGUUGAGGGCCUGUCGAUCGUGAAGUGCAACUUUCCGACCCGCUCUGACUCGGACGCGGAUCGCAACCGUGUAUCUGAGAUUGAGCGUUUGAUAGAAGCUUUCCGCGUCCGCUAUGAGCCUGUUCACACAACAUCAUCAAUCACAUUUCCGUUGCCUCACACCUGA